CCGGCGGCGCGUCCCAGGUUGGCGGCCCCGAGCCGAGCCCGCGGCAACAGCGGCGACGGCGGCCAGAGCCGGAUGGUGGCGGGCCCGGUGCGGCUCCAGCCGUCUUCCUCGCCCGCGCAGCGCUAGCUUGCCCUGCGGGAGAGGGAGACCUGGCGGCGCUCGGGGCGAGGACUCGGGUGUCUCAGUCUCCGGGCUCCGCGCGAGGAAGCCCAAGGCUCCCAGGUGAAGCCGGUGUCCCAGAGCGAUCCCGGAACGCCCGCUGCCGGAUCGCUCCUGGAAACCUUGGACGCCGAGCUUCUUCCACCGCCUGCAGUGCAGGGCGUGCGGGGAAAGGGGUGCACGGAAGGGGAAGGGGUGACCGGGACACCGAUGAUGGACGCACAGACGUGUCGCAUGGGCUGUCGCUGCCUCCUGCUGCUGGCUCUCGUUGGGGCUGCCCGGAACGAGGGUGUGCAGAGCUGCGAAGAAGUUCGCAAACUUUUCCAGUGGCGCCUGGUGGGAGUUGUCAAGGGGCUGCCGGAUUCGCCUCGGGCAGGACCUGAUCUUCAAGUUUGCAUAUCCAAGAAACCUACAUGCUGCACCAGGAAGAUGGAGGAGAGAUAUCAAAUCGCAGCUCGCCAAGAUAUGGAGCAGGUGCUUCAAACAUCCAGCUUGACACUAAAGUUGCUAAUAUCUCGAAAUGCAGCUGCUUUUCAAGAAACCCUUGAAAAUCUCAUCAGACAAGCAGAAAACUAUACCAGUAUACUUUUUUGCAACACCUACAGGAACAUGGCCCUAGAGGCAGCUGCUUCAGUUCAAGAGUUCUUCACUGACAUAGGACUCUACGUAUUUGGUGCGGAUGUUAAUCCUGAAGAAUUCGUGAACAGAUUCUUUGACAAUCUUUUCCCUCUAGUCUACAAUCAUCUCAUUAAUCCUGGUGUGACUGACAGUUCCCUGGAAUACUCAGAAUGCAUCCGGAUGGCCCGCCGGGACAUUAGCCCAUUUGGUAAUAUUCCCAAAAGAGUAAUGGGGCAGCUGGGGAGGUCGUUGCUGCCCAGCCGCACAUUUCUGCAGGCACUGAAUCUGGCCAUUGAAGUCAUCAAUACCACAGACCAUCUGCACUUCUCCAAAGAGUGCAGCAGAGCUCUCUUGAGGAUGCAGUAUUGUCCUCACUGCCAGGGCUUGACUCUCAGUAAGCCUUGCAUGGGAUAUUGCCUCAAUGUCAUGAGGGGCUGCUUGGCACACAUGACAGAGCUUAACCCACAUUGGCAUGCAUACAUCCAGUCACUGGAAAAGCUCUCAGAUGCCAUGCAUGGAACAUAUGACAUUGAACACGUGCUCCUGAACUUCCACUUGCUUGUUAAUGAUGCUAUGAUACAGGCUCACCUUGAUGGACAAAAGUUACUGGAACAGGUAAAUAAGAUUUGCGGCCGUCCCACCAGAACACCUACACAAAGCCCCCGUUGUUCUUUUGAUGGGAGCAAGGAGAAGCACGGACUGAAGAUCUCUGCGAGACAUGGUGAAGAGACACUUGCCAACAGAAGAAAAGAAUUUAUCAACAGUCUUCGACUGUACAGGACAUUCUAUGGAGGCCUGGCUGAUCAGAUUUGUGUUAAUGAAUUAGCCGCUGCUGAUGGGCCCUGCUGGAAUGGAGAAGAUAUAGUAAAAAGCUAUACUCAGCAUGUGGUUGGAAAUGGAAUCAAAGCCCAAACUGGAAAUCCUGAAGUCAAAGUCAAGGGAAUGGACCCUAUGAUAAAUCAGAUUAUUGAUAAACUGAAGCAUGUUAUUCAGUUGUUACAGGGUAGGUCACCCAAACCCAACAAGUGGGAACUCCCCCUGGGCAGUGGUGAUGGAAUGGUCGAACAAGUAAGCGGCGACUGUGACGAUGAAGAUGGUUGUGGGGCGUCAGGAAGUGGAGAAGUCAAGAGGACACUAAAAAUCACAGACUGUAAGUCUAACACCACUUCUAAAGUGUUGAUUUUGAAAUAUAAUUAA